AUGGAGCGCCGAGACACCAACUACCUGCUUUAUGAAGGACUUGAUAAGGAUGAAGAAAAACGGAACGGUGUAAAGACACAGAUCUCCUUUCUGACUGGAGAGGGAAGAUUGGAAAAUGACAGUGGUCAGGGCCAGGCUGGAGCCGCCGCAGCCGAAGGGGAAGGAGCAGAAGAAUUCAGUGGAGAAGGGCCCUCAGCUGCUGGUGCCUCAUGCCUCAUGGAUAACUUGAAACAAGAGGACCACGGCACCAGCCGCAGUGACCAGGAGAAUGAGAAGCAGCCAAAAGAGCCAGUCCCCAGGGACACGGAGGUUGCAGAAUGUGCACAACCUGUGUCCGUGCUGGUGCGCCAGCGUGGUUUCCAGUACAAGUUCAACCAGUGGCAGUUGCAGGAGCUGGAGCGGUUUUUCCAGCAAAAUCACUACAUCAGCGCAGAACUAAGAAAACAGCUGGCAAGAUGGAUAGGCGUGACUGAAACUAGAGUUCAGAAUUGGUUUAAGGGGAGGCGAGAACAAUACAAGAGAGAUCAGAAGCGUGUAGAGAUGCUUCUUUUCCGAAGACUGUGA